CCCAUUCGGGCCAGGAGGUUGUCGAGAACUUUAAUCGAAUCUUCUCCCCUCUCUUCUCCCAGCUCUCCUCCAACCCUCCAAGAGUCAAAAUGCCUCACGCAUUCCCCUUCCUCACUCCUGACCAGAAGAAGGAGCUCAGUGACAUCGCUCUCAAGAUCGUCGCCAAGGGCAAGGGAAUCCUCGCCGCUGACGAGUCUACCGGCAGCGUUGCCAAGCGCUUCCAGAGCAUCAAUGCUGAGAACACUGAGGAAAACAGGAGGCUGUACCGUCAGCUCCUCUUCACCGCCGACGAGCGCGCCGGUCCUUGCAUUGGUGGCGUCAUCUUCUUCCACGAGACCCUGUACCAGAAGACCGAUGCCGGCAAGACCUUCCCCGAGCACGUCAAGUCCAGAGGCUGGGUUGUAGGCAUCAAGGUUGACAAAGGUGUCGUCCCCCUCGCCGGAACCAACGGAGAGACCACCACCCAGGGUCUGGAUGGCCUGUAUGAGCGUUGCGCCCAGUACAAGAAGGACGGUUGUGACUUUGCCAAGUGGCGUUGUGUGCUGAAGAUCACCUCCACCACCCCCUCCCGCCUGGCCAUCAUGGAGAAUUGUAAUGUCUUGGCUCGUUAUGCCAGUAUCUGCCAGAUGCACGGCAUUGUCCCGAUUGUUGAGCCCGAGAUCCUCCCCGACGGUGACCAUGACCUGAAGCGCACCCAGUAUGUGACUGAGAAGGUCCUGGCCGCAAUGUACAAGGCUCUGUCCGACCACCACGUCUACCUGGAGGGUACCCUCCUGAAGCCCAACAUGGUCACUGCCGGACACUCCUGCUCACACAAGUACACCCACCAGGAGAUCGCCAUGGCCACAGUCACCGCCCUGCGCCGCACCGUGCCCCCAGCAGUUCCUGGCAUCACCUUCCUGUCCGGUGGCCAGUCUGAGGAGGAGGCAUCCAUCAACCUGAACGUCAUGAACCAGUGUCCCCUGCACAGGCCAUGGGCAUUAACUUUUUCCUAUGGCCGUGCCCUCCAGGCAUCCGCCCUGAAGGCAUGGGGUGGAAAGCCUGCGAACGGCAAGGCUGCACAGGAGGAAUUCAUCAAGAGAGCUCUGGCCAACAGCCUGGCCUGCCAAGGCAAGUACGUCGCUUCCGGAGACAGCGCCGCCGCUGGAGAAUCACUGUUCGUGGCCAACCACGCUUAUUAAGCAUGGACACUCACCAGUAUCCCUCUCCUAACCCUCCCCCCACCUCCCUGUCCCCUCCACCCACCUCCCUGUCCCCUCCACCCUCCCCCACAUGGGGAGUGCCAUGUCUUAUCCGGCACCUCCUAAGAAGCCGUCUCUACAAGACCCUUUGCAACAUCACUCAUUCGGUACCUCAGUACGGAGAAAGAGAGAGAAACGGAAACCUUUCUUUGGGCUCUUGCUUCAGAGAGAAGAUUACAAAAAAAAUUGUUCUGCCUCCAUACCCUCUCCCUACCAUUUUACAAAUUUUUUAGGUGAAGAGAUUCCCAUCGUCAUGUUUUUACACAACAUGUAAUAUUACUCCUGGGUCUGUGACACCUAACUCAGUAUAAUGUUUGUACUGGAGCCACGGAAUAAACAAUAUGUUGCUUUGC